ACGACAGCAAUGUCGGAGGGGCAACGGUGUCUGGCAAUCAUCGUGCUCCUCGUUCAUACAGUUAUUGGUACUGGGGAAGGUCCAUCACCACCUCCCUCGACGCAGUCAUCAACGGUCAGAGACGAACAGAAUGAGCUCACCGUCUCCUUCCCACCGCUUGACGACAUAUUCGGCACGCCUGAAAAGCACUUCGGCACUGAAAACAAUACCGUUGUGACGUCACAGACCGGAUCUACGGCUCUCCUGCCUUGCGUCAUUAGGAAUAUUGGCGAUGGGAUAGUAUCAUGGAUCAGAAGAAAAGAUUAUCAUCUAUUGACAGUCGGCCUCACAACCUACAGCUCAGACCAGAGGUUUCAGGCGAUACAUCUUCAACAUUCAGAAGACUGGACGCUUAAAGUCCGCUUCGUACAGAAACGCGAUGCGGGCAUAUACGAAUGCCAAGUAUCAUCGCAUCCGCCCACUAGUAUAUUUUUGAGGCUCGACGUUGUAGAGGCAAGAGCUCAAAUAUCAGGGCCUACAGAGAAGUACCUAAAGCCAGGGUCUACGCUGCGACUGCAGUGUUCCGUGGUACAGACUACAGAAGCACCGGCUUUUGUAUUUUGGUACCACAACAGUAGGAUGAUAAACUACGACGCCGAACGGGGCAUCAACGUCACGACGGAUCCGGAGCAGCGGCUGUCAGACCUCCUCAUCCCGGCGACGAGCGUCUCCCACGCCGGCAACUACACCUGCGUGCCGAACAAUGCUGUACCAGCUAGUAUCUACGUCCAUAUAUUUAAUGGUGAAAACCCGGCAGCCAUGCAGUCUUCAUCACCGAGUUAUAUCCAGCUAAACAUCUACAGUCUGCUCUAUACAUUAGCGUCUGUCAACAUCAUUAUACGGUGACAAUUACGAUAAGUCCUAGGAAAUAAAGUAAUUUACAUCCAAACACAUAGAGUGUAAUGUAAUUUAUUACAACGUGAAAUAAGAUUUGAAAGCAUUUUUUUCCCCUGAAGAAUUGUUUAAUAUAAAACUCAAAUCUAGAAUGGCUACUGAUUAUUUAACUACGAUCGUUAAACACAAUUGAAUUAUAUUCAACUGAGAACCAUAAAAGCACUGUAAAUUAUAGCUAUAUUAAUAGUUCACUGUAAACAGAUUUGUUGAGAGCAUGUCCAUUGUCCGCUAAUGAUUGUUUUUCUUCUCUUUUUGUUUGUUAGAGAGAGAGAAAGCGAUCGAGACCGAUUGAGAGAGAGUAAAACAAGGCGAACGUAGCAUGAAGCAACUAGCCGUGGAGUGAGAGUAGGGAGCAAGCAAGUGAGAAAGAUUGAGAGAAAAGGUGACACAGAGCGAACGUCGUAUCACGCACAGUGCUAUGGAGUGAGAGGUGGGAGAGAGCUAUAGUGAGAAAGAUUGAACGAGAGAGAGAAUACGAGAUAUCGAGAAAUAAUACACGCCAUAUUGGUUGUGUAUUCGUUUACUAGUUAAUUAUUAUAUUUUAAUGACAAUUAAAUUCCUAAACUAUCUUCCUUUUAGUCUCGGUUCUUUAGUUUAAUAAUUGUAGUUCUUUCUCUUCCUCUUAGUCUCGGAAAUAUAAAGUUUUAGAUUUGUAUAAAUGUAAACAAGAUUUAUAAAUUAGUUUGCCAAAGAAGUUUCACUUCUGACAUGUGUACUUUGUACGCACUCAUUUUUUUUCUUAAAUAUUGUACUAUGUAACUAGUGCACAGUAAAACCAACUGUGGUUUGUGUUGCACUAUGGUUAGGCUUAAUUUAAACUAGCAGGUGCCCGCGACUUCGUCCGCGUGAAAAUCUAUGUACAUUUUCGACGCCGUCACCCCUUCUAUUUAUAUUUUCGUAUGUUUUAUAUAUAAAAAUUAUAAAAUCACAGCCCCGGCCGAAGGCCGGUGUACAAUAAUGUGCGCGUUUUUUGUGCUUGGGUAAAAUGCAAAGUCAUAGCCAUCGUCGGAGGCCCUAUCCAGCCCCCGGCCUACGGCGGGCGUGCAAUUAAUUGUGUCUGCGUUAAGUGCCCAGCCGUAGCCACGGUCGAAGACCCUAUCACAAACUCCCGGACGAAAGAGGGUGCACAACAAAGUACGUACUUUUUUGUGUCUGGGUAAAAUGCCCAGCCGUAGCCACGGUCGGAGGCUGCAUCACAAACUCCCGGCCGAAGGCCGGGCCACAAUACAGUGCGCGGCCGAAGACCGCGCGUCCCGUAUUUUGUGCUUGGGCAAAAUGCCCAGCCGAAGUCACGGUCGGAGGCUGUAUUACAAACUCCCGGCCGAAGGCUGGGUUACAAUACAGUGCGCGGCCGAAGGCUACGCGUUCCGUUUUUCGUGCUUGGGUCUACGCGUUCCGUUUUUCGUGCUUGGGUAAAAUGCCCAGCCGUAGUCACGGUCGAAGGCUGUAUCAUUAACUCCCGGCCUAAGGCCGGGCCACAAUUCAGUGCGCGGCCGAAGGCUACGCGUUCCGUUUUUCGUGCUUAGGUAAAAUGCCCAGCCGUAGUCACGGUCGAAGGCUGUAUCAUAAACUCCCGUUUUCUGUGCACCGGAAAAAUGCCCAGUCGUAGCCACGAUCAGAGGCCAUAUUACAAAACCCCGGCCGAAGGCCGCGCUUUUUUUUGCUUGGGUAAAAUGCCCAGCCGUAGUCACGGUCGAAGGCUGUAUCAUAAACUCCCGGCCGAAGGCCGGGCUACAAUACAGUGCGCGAAGGCUCUAUCACAAACUCCCGGCUGAAGGCCGGGCUACAAUACGGUGAGCGGCCGAAGGCCGCGCGUUCCGUUUUCUGUGCAUCGGAAAAAUGCCCAGCCGUAGCCACGAUCAGAGGCCAUAUUACAAACCCCGGCCGAAGGCCGCGCUUUUUUUUUGCUUGGGUAAAAUACCCAGCCGUAGUCAAGGUCGAAGGCUGUAUCAUACACUCCCGGCCGAAGGCCACGCGUUCCAUUUUUUGUAUUUGGCUAAAAUGCCCAGCCGUAGUUACGGUCGAAGGCUGUAUCACAAACUCCCGGCCGAAGACCGGGCUACAAUACGGUGAGCGGCCGAAGGCCGCGCGUUCCGUUUUCUGUGCAUCGGAAAAAUGCCCAGCCGUAGCCACGAUCAGAGGCCAUAUUACUAACCCCGGCCGAAGGCCGCGCUUUUUUUUGCUUGGGUAAAAUACCCAGCCGUAGUCAAGGUCGAAGGCUGUAUUAUACACUCCCGACCGAGGGCCACGCGUUCCAUUUUUUGUGUUUGGGUAAAAUGCCCAGCCGUAGUUACGGUCGAAGGCUGUAUCACAAACUCCCGGCCGAAGGCCGGGCUACAAUACGGUGCGCGGCCGAAGGCCACGCGUUCCGUUUUUUGUGCAUCGGAAAAAUGCCCAGCCGUAGCCACGAUCAGAGGCCAUAUUACAACCCCCCGAUCGAAGGCCGCGCUUUUUUUUGUUUGGGUAAAAUACCCAGCCGUAGUCACGGUCAAAGACCCUAUCACAAACUCCCGGCCAAAUGCCGGUCUAUAAUAAAGUUUACGUACAAACUUUCAACCCCGAUUUCACCCCCUUCUGAUUUUAUUUUCGCUAUAAAAAGUAUUCUAUAACCUGCCCCGUAUUAUGUUCUCAAACCGUGCUAAGUUUCAUUUGAAUUCAUUCAGUAGUUUCAGUGUGAUGCCCGGCCAACAAAAAAUAGGGACAGACAGACAAAUAAUCGAAAAAAAAUGUUUUUGAAUUCAGUAUCGAUUGUAUAAUGCCCUAUGAUAUUUUUUUUUUUUAAAUUAAUCAAAAAGUUCUGUAAUUUGACCUGUUACAGUUUUAUUAUAAGUAUAUAGAUAAGUAUUUAAUAGCUAUUGCGCCAAAUUCGUGCUCUUUUUAUAGUAAUAAAUCUUGC